UGCCGCUGCCUGGUUGUGUGGUGCGUCGACUGUGUGUUACGCCUCGUUCGUCGCGUGUUUCCUGCUGGGCUCGCAGGCUUCUAAUCCUUUCAACCUUCGGAAAACCCCGUUUUGCGAUCGAUGCUGGUGCAUAAGCGAACGACGGUGCAUGUGUGUUGUUUUCCCGACGGUGCCGUUGCGUGGUCUCACUGUGCGAUGUGUACAGAAUGUUUUGCAACCAUCGCCUUUUUCCGACGGUGCUAGUUUCGUUUGGUUAGAUGAUAGUUUUCCCCCGCCCCCUUGGCUGCAACAGGAAGUAAGGAAAGUGUCUAGUGCAUCUAGUGUUAUUGUUGAGUAUUGGCAUUUUGUCCGCAACGAUUCGCGGGUGUGCGUGUGAUUGUGCAGUACAAAGCGGACCCCUUAGGGCAUCCUUCGGGAGAAAGUGUAUGAAAUAGGUUCGAAUAAAAGUUAAAACAUCGAUCGAAGAAACAGAUUCCCAGCGUCGAGGUCAUUCUUCCUCACCCCUUGAAGUGACCAAGUGAAAAGUGUCUGUAUGCGAGAGAAAGUGUCAGUCUAAUAUCAUCCGGGCUUAUCGUCGUGAAAAACAAAGGGUGGAAGUACACGUCCCGUGGCAACAACAGGCGGAGCCUUGUGACUACACUCUCGACAUCGCUCCGGAUUACAUUAUUUGUGCAGGUUCCAGCGAAGGUGAAGGGCGUUUUGGGGACGAAGGCCAAAGAAGGAAAGCUGGUUCCCUCGGGGCCAUCGCCAGCAGUAGCCGCACUUUUACAGAUAAGAUACAUCUCAUAGUUUCUUUGGACAGGAGAAAGGCUGCCUGUUUUGAAGGACGUGCACAUUCUAGCAGGCACUGAAUCGGUGCGAUUCGAUGGGAUCGUUGGGCCACCGUACGCUGCUACAGUACCUGGAAACGGAUGAUCUAGCUGGACUAAAAUCAUUCCUCGGGACCCGCCACCUGCAGGUCGACGAUCGUGAUGAGAACGGUACAACGGUGCUUAUGAUUGCCAGCGGGCGUGGCGCGACCCACUUCGUGAAGGAACUGUUGGCGCGUGGUGCCGACGUUCAGGCGCAGGACCUGGACAACUGGACGGCGUUACAGUUUGCGGCCAAGGCCGGGCACGUCGGAAUCGUCGAGACGCUGCUGGAUAAUGGAGCCGAGCUGGAGCACCGGGAUAUGGGCGGGUGGACGGCGCUCAUGUGGGGCUCGUACAAGGGCCACACGGGCGUGGUGGCGCUGCUGUUGCAGCGGGGGGCCGAUGUGCAGGCACACGGCAACUAUCACCUCAAUCCACUGCUGUGGGCUUCCGGGCGGGGCCAUACGGAUAUCGUGCGCCUGCUUGUCAACACCGGAGGGGCCAAGGUGAACGUGGGUGAUAAGUACGGAACGACACCGCUGGUGUGGGCCUGCCGGAAGGGCAAUGCGGAGAUUGUGGACGUUCUACUGAAGGCGGGUGCGAACGUUGACACGGCCGGCAUGUACUCGUGGACGCCGCUGCUGGUGGCGGUCAGCGGGGGCUACCAGGAAUGUGUCACGCUCCUGCUGGAGCGCAAGCCGAACGUGAACGCGCUGGAUAAGGACGGCAUGACGGCUCUCUCGAUCGCCUGUCGCGAAGGGCUGACCGAGAUAGCGUCGGCACUGAUCGGCGUCGGUGCGUACCUGAACGUGCAGGACCGGGCCGGUGACACGCCGCUCAUUAACGCCGUCAAGGGCGGCCACCGGAGCGUGGUGGAAAUACUGAUGAAGCGCCACGUGGACGUGGACAUUCAGGGGAAGGACAAGAAGACGGCGCUGUACACGGCCGUGGAGAAGGGUCACACGGCGAUCGUGAAGCUGAUCUUGCAGUCCAACCCGGACCUGGAACUUUCGACCAAAGACGGUGAUACGCCGCUGUUGCGCGCGGUUCGCAAUCGUAACCUGGAGAUCGUGCAGAUGUUGCUCGAGCGCAAGGCAAAGGUGGGCGCGACGGACAAGCGGGGCGAUACGUGCCUCCACGUGGCGAUGCGGGCACGCUCGAAGGCGAUCGUGGAGGCGCUGCUGAGCAACCCCAAGUACAGCCAGCUGUUGUACCGAUCGAACAAGGAGGGUGAGACACCGUACGCGAUCGAUACGACGCACCAGAAGACAAUCCUCGGGCAGGUGUUUGGCAACCGGCGAUUGAAUGCGAACGAAGAUUCGGAGGGCAUGCUGGGGUACGGGCUGUACUCGUCCGCGUUGGCCGACGUGCUGAGCGAACCGACACUUACCACACCCAUCACGGUCGGGUUGUACGCCAAGUGGGGCAGCGGCAAGAGCUUCCUGCUGUCGAAGCUGCGCGAAGAGAUGAAGAGUUUCGCGCACUCGUGGUCCGAACCGCCGAUCAAUGCGUCCUGGCUGUUCUUUCUCAUCUGCCUCCAUCUGGCGCUCGUGAUCGGCACCGUCAUCGGGUUGGCCACCUGGAGUUACAUCUGGGGCCUAGCCACAGGUGCCUCACUGUUCGUGUUCAUCUACUUUCUGGACACCCUGUUUAAGUUCCUCGACCGCCGGUACGAUCUCGAGUGGCUUUACGCACUCAACUAUGGGCUGUCGCGUAAGCUUGGCCGUCUGCGACUCAUUCUGCAGGUGGCCUUCUGUCAUCCGCCGGGACCGCAGAGCGACCAGCAACCGAUGCCGGUCCGGUUUCACUUCGCCGAGGCAAGCGGGGCCGCACCGAACGGUGAUGCGGCCGUCGCACUCAUGCUGGCUUCGUUGUUCGAUGCGAUCGAGUCGCACUAUGGAUCGCUGGCGACCGGACUGUACCGUGCCUUUCGGCCCAAACCCAUAAAAGCUACCGGUGGCUGGAAGUGGCGCAAGAUGUGCUGCAUGCCCGUGGUGAUAAUGUUCGAGCUUGGUUUGCUGGGCAUCCUGGCCACCGCCUCGCUCUCAAUCGUGUACACCGAGUAUCGGCUGGAUGGGCGGGAGGAGAUCGCGGUCACGAUCUACGUCCUGCUCGGUUUUCUGCUAUCCGGUGCCAUCGCAAACCUGCACGCCUGGUCGAAGCUGAUCGGGGCGUUGUUCAUGUCGCAGGGCAAACACCUCAAGCGUGCCUUCAACAGCAACGAAGCUGCCCCCCUAACGGCACUCGGGGCCGAGGUGAGUCUCAUGACGGACAUGGUACGCUGUCUGGAUGCGUUCACCGGUGCCCAGAGCCGACUGGUGGGGGUCGUGGACGCCCUGGACUCUUGCGACACCGAACGGACGCUCACGAUACUGAACGCCGUGCAAACGCUGCUCUCCGGGCAUCAGCGUCCGUUCGUCCUGUUGCUCGCCGUCGAUCCGCACGUCAUCGCGAAGGCGGCCGAAGCGAACAGCCGACGUUUGUUCACCGAGGGUGGCAUCGGAGGGCACGACUUCCUGCGCAAUCUUGUCCACCUACCGGUGUACCUGCAAAAUUCCGGCCUGCGGAAGGUUCAACGGGCCCAGAACACUGCCCUGUCCGCGUACCGGCGAAUCGUGCCCGAUAUGAGCCGUGACGACGAACCGGGCCCCCAUUUGGGACAUUCGGCGUCCGCUCGUCGACUGUCGAACGCGUCGGAGAUCAUGUCGUCGCAGGAGAAGCUACGGGCGAUGCCGGGAACGUCCCGAGCGGGAAGCAAAAAGCUGCGCGUCUCGGACUCAAUCGCCAGCUCGAUCGGAUCGAACCUGCACAAGCUCGGCCAAAACCCGCCCGUUGAUCUGUCGAAGAUUAUUCUCACCGACGACUACUUCAGCGACGUCAAUCCAAGAAGCAUGCGUAGGCUUAUGAACGUCAUCUACAUUACUGUACGCUUGCUUAAAGCCUUCCAGAUCGAAUUUAGUUGGUACCGGCUUAGUUCAUGGAUUAACCUUACCGAGCAGUGGCCACUGCGCGCCAGUAUGAUAGUGCUAGAACAUGAUCAGGCCGGAGAUAGCUUCGACGAUUCUAUGUCCUUGCAGGCUGUGUACGAUAAAGUCCGACCAAAGCUGACAUGCCUCCGUGAGGCAGCCACUUUGCUCGACCUCGAUCGGGACGAACGCAAGCUGGACGCCUUUCUGCAGCUGCACAAAUCGGACCUCCUCGUGUCGGACUUGCGCAUCUUCCUGCCCUUCACCAUCAACCUCGAUCCGUACCUACGGAAGGUGCUCAAGGAGGAUCAGCAGGCGCUCGAGGACGAAGGAAUUAUCAUCCCGAUGAAAACGGUACUGCCGCCCAGCAAACCGACCGCCUUCCUACCGCCACAUCACUCAUCGCAUAUGCACCGCGGUCACCAUGGCAAUCUGCUGCAGUCAUCCGGACAGCAUCCGAACAGUCUCGCCAACUGGCCCAACUUCUACAAUCCCCAACCGGCGGCGAUGGCGCUGAUGAGUUACUACAAUCAGAAUCUGGCGAAUCUGUUGAACUCCGGUCCCAACCCGAUGAUGGGGGAUCCGCUUGCAGGAGCUAAAGGAUCUGGUCUACCGACCAGUGCAUCCAUCAUCAUCGAGCAUCCGGAGUUCGAGCAUUCCAUGGGUACCGGUACGGGUGCUAGUGGCAGCGGAAGUGGCAAUGGUGCUAACGUUGGCGCUGGACCGGUGGCGGGCAAGAGUAAAAGUGCGUUCACUCAAAAGUCCACCACCUCCAACGGCGGGGCUCCGGUGACGCCACCGAUCGAUAUCGAUCUGACGAACGUGCAGCUUUCCAACCUCACGGUGGACCAGCUGAUCGAUCUGCUCAACCAGGUAACCGAUCUGAAACCCGCCAUGGAGCGUACGGGGCCGAUCCUGCGCGAUAACGCCAUCUCCGGCCGGGUGCUGACGUACUGCAACCUGGACGAGCUAAAGUCGGUGCUCCAGCUCAGCUUUGGCCACUGGGAAAUGUUCAAGCUGCUCGUAACGGCGCUGCGUGAAUCGAACAGUGCCACCGCCGCCAGUCGGAAGCACUCCAAAACCACCACCUUCGCGAAGGGAACCAAUGGAAGCGAUCCAGCUGAUCUGCCGGAACCACUCGCCCAGUCGACCCCUCCGUACGGUUCCGGUUCGUCGAGCAGCUUCCAGCCGAUCCGGCAGAAGUCACAAAAUCUACUUGAAAAACAGCCGGCAGCGAAAGUGCAUGAUUACGAAUAUCUACAGGUGACACUGGAGGAACAGAUGAUCUGCGGUGCCCUGCAAACGCUGAACGAGGACGCAUUCGAGGACGUGGUGAGCAGCAGCGAGCGGCCCAGCCCAACCGGUGAGAUGUUUAGCACACAGUACCUGGCGCCCAUACGGGAAAGCUCGGAAAUCGGUUCACCGCCGCGGCUCACUUACAACCUUACUAACCCGAACCUCACCGAUCUCGCCACCAGCAAUGGUACGCUGAAUGGCGACGAUGGUCUCAGCGUUGGUGGUGUCAGCGGUGGUGGUGGUGGAGGUAGCUACGGUCUGUCCAUUUCCCGUUCCGGGUCGGCCCGGCGGCAGAGUCGCUCACACAGCUUGCACGACGACUCGCUGACCAGCGUGGUGGUCGUUCCGCAGUUUAUCGUACCGUCGUCCUCGUCGUCGUCCUCUGGCGGUACGAACGUCACCGCUACCACCGCCUCCACCGUGAACAACAUCAACGACACAAAGCUUUAAUAACUUUCCAUCCGGUGAAUCGAUUCUCGCAGCACGCAAUGCAAUGCAGCCUCAUUCGCAAUAAAUCAAUUUAAAUCAUACAAAAGAAUUACGGUUGCUGCCGGUUGGUCCCGUUUGUUCAUGUCGUUUGCCGUGUGUUGUUUGUGCGUUACCAGAAAGGUGCCACCAUCGUCGGUGCCGUUCUCGUCAUGUGUGUUUUCUUUUAGUACUAUUUCUUUUCUAUCAUUUUAUCGUCCCCGGUUUUUUUUUCCUCAACGAGCUCGGUGUAUUCACCAACACCAUUAGUUUGAUUUACUUUUUCCUUUCGAAAGCAUUCCAAAGCCUUGCCCAAGGGGCAAGCAA